GGACUGUUAUUGCGCAAGGUCUGGCCGAGAAAUUGGGUGGACCAGGCCGUUCUGGGAAGCAAUGUCGCACGCGAUGGCUCAACCACUUGAAUCCUGAUAUCAAAAAGGCACCCUGGACAGCCCAGGAAGAAGCUAUCGUGCAGGAUGCGCAACAACGACUGGGAAAUCGAUGGGCUAUCAUCGCCAAACUGCUACCCGGAAGAACGGAUAACAGCAUCAAAAACUACUAUUACUCAACUAUGAGGAAAAAUAUGCGCAGACUUGCA